AUGUCGAGCGGGCGGACCACAUCGUGCGUCUCGUCCGACGACGCGUCGGCCGAGCGGUCAUACGGCGACUUGUGGAGGUUCCUCAGCGACGGCUUGGUGCGGCGCAGCGUGGGGCCUGUGGCCGAGCGCGGAAACGUGUUAAAGCUGCGCUGCGCGGUGGGGAGGAGCGGCUCAGCCCCCUCCAUCUCCUCCGGCUCGGUCGUCCACAGUCCGCGGGUCACAGCGUGCGACGGCAUAGCAGCAGGUGAUGCACCAGUGUGCUUGGGGCGCACAAUGUCGCUCAGGUCCGGCACCUGCGUUGCCGGCUCGGUGCGGUCGGCAAUAGGCGAGCGUGGGAUGUCCGCGGCAUUGACCUGCAGGAUGUCGACCGUGUCGAUCUUGCGGAGCGACGGCUUGGGAUGGCUUAGUGCGGAGGACGUGCCCGUCGUUGCUCUGGGUGGUGAGGUUGGACACGAGGAUGUGGGCGUGCUCGUCCUCGGAGACUGGGGUGCGCUGGGACGGCUUGCCCUCGAGGCGGGCGAGCGCGGCGGCUCUGGCUGCGGCUGCGGCCUCGGGGGACACCUCGAGGUCCAUUGGCGCCGGCCGGUCGCCAGGCAUGGGCAUGGGCUCGCUCUCGUCCGGCUCAAAGGCUCUGGCGGCGGAUGGUCGCGCGGCGCUCAAUGA